GCCAAAUUACAACGGAAUACCUGUUUCAGACGAAACUGCAUUGUUUAGAAACAGUUAACAAAGACUAAGUUAAUAGGACAAAGUUAAUAAGGGAAGGUUCGUGAACGUUUUAUAUGACGUAUUCAUAAUCAAGCAUCAUGUCUUUUAACGGUAUUUUUUCAAUAGAAUAGAACGGAAGAUCUCUUCUAAGUCUUAAUCACAUAAGCAAUCAAAAACGCAUGUAGAACAAUUGUCGUUAUAAGCUCAUUUUAUCCACAUAAGUAUGAUAGAGCAAAGGAAUCAGGGAGGGCAAAUGUAGCACCUUCUUCACCCCCAAAAUAAAGUUUUUUCGCCACAUCUAAGGAUCUAGAAUAACUGCACACAUCAAAUAUGCAAACAUUAACGAACAAACAGAAUGAAACUGAAACCACGUUCAUCGUGAAUAUGACAGCACGGUUUCUCUUCGCAUAAAUAUGUCAUUAAAUAGAUAUCACAGGAUUAAAUGCUCGUGGCCCUCACUAAUGACAGCAAAACAGAGACAUGAAAAUUGAAAACGGCAUAUGAUAUAUUAGUUUCAGUGUUAGUAAUGUAACAAUGUUGAGCAAGAAUUAUUUUAUUAAUGAAAUGUAUGACUUACAAAGAUCUGGCCUGGGCUAACUCGAGCGUUAUGUUUAUUAUUCCUUCUACAUCGUAUUAACGGUCGACGCGUUGGCGUUAUACACGCUCAUUUAAAAUUGUAGUUAAGCGAUGUUGCGAUUGGCCGAGAGGAUGCGUUGUUAUUCAAGCGUUAUAGAUAUUUAAAAUGUCAAAUCAUAUAUUGGAUAAAGUGCAGUAAAGUGCAACUGUCCAACUGUAUAAGGGAAACACUGAACGCAUUGGGAAAAGUUGAAUUUUCCGUCCCCUGAUACAUUAAAAAAUGCCCACACAAUCUCAGAAUGGUUCCUAUUUUUUGAAAAAUGAUGAAAGAAAGAACUUUCAAUGAAGAGCUGAUGUGAUGUGCAAAAUGAAGACACGAUGAAUUCAACAGUUGUGGUGAUUUCGAUAGUUGGUAUCAUCUCUGGUAUCGUCAUUAUUCUCUUCUCGUUGGUCGUGAGACGCGUAUGGAAGCGGAGAUAUGUACCAACGGAACAUAAAUACCGGAAACAUUCCACUCCAACUAUAAGAAGUGAACAAAGAACGAAGAUGGGGAAGAUAUUCCGGAGUAAAUCCUUGAUACGAAACGAGAUUCCUGAGUUCGUUAUUCCAGGUACAAAACUUAAGUUGGUGCAACCUAUUAUAACUCCACCAUCACCAACACCUGUGGACCAAGUAGAUUCCUCAAAAUCCCCUGUUACCCCACAUAAAGGAGAUCAAUCCGGAGGCACUGCCCCAAAAGGACAUACAAUAUCACAGCCUAUCAACAGAAAGAUUUCACUUCAGAAUUUAAUUGACUCUCCAGAUAUGAGUGGAAAAUUACAACGAAGAUCUACAACAGGUGGCAUUGGGACUCCAAAACGAACAACUUCCUCAGAAACUAAGAAAUCACGAAAUUCGCCAAAAGGAACACUCUCCCGUAACCCUAGUUCUAAUUCAAUAGAUCUUCUUGCUAUCAAUGUACCGCCUGUCACUCAAAGUGCAAGCUCGAGCUUGGAAGGCUCGCGCGAUUCUAGUCGCCAGUCUCCUGAAAGCAGUCCGCGACGAUUGCGACUUUUUCGUCAGGCAAAGCAUCAGAUUAUUCUUACAGGAGCUACUUUGGACUUCUCUGUCCAAUACAAUAUUGGUCAACGCGCUUUAAACCUAAAUAUAAUGCGAGUGCGGAACAUCCAGGUACCUAAGGAACGAAAACAGGAUGCCAAAGUAUACCUGAAUGUCCAACUAAAGCCGGAUAAAUUCAUCUGGGAAGCUCAAACUAAGAUUGUACAAGGCACAGAUAACCCAACGUUUGGAGAGAUGUUCACCAUCAGUGGUUUUUCAUUAUCAAAGUUACACGACUGUGCUUUGUUGUUUCGUCUUAACGACGUGAAUGCUGAUCAAAUCAUUGGUGAAGUUACAUUUACAUUAAGAGAAUUACAGCCUGAUGUACUCACACAGCGUACAUGUCAACUUCAGAAACCUCUCAAAGUUGUGAAGGAUCGUGAUCGUUAUUAUGUUGGCGAUUUACUAGUUUCCAUGGAUUACGACCCUAUUGAUUGGAAAUUAAACGUGAGGAUUAUCCGUGCACGAGGUUUACCUAAAAUGACAAGGACAGGACAUACAGAUGCAUUUGUAAAGAUCAAUGUAAUGCAAGAUCUGACAAGAUUAUUCAAGAAGAAAACCAAAGUUCAGCAUCAUGAAUGGAAUCCAGAAUUCGACGAAGGAUUUGAUUUCGAGUUAACUCGAGAUCAAAUGGAUGCAACUAGUAUUACAAUGAAAGUAGUUCAUAGAGGCAAAUUAAGAGAUCAUCUUAUUGGCGUCGUUUUACUUGGGUUUAAUCUUGAACCCAGCGAGGCAGGAUAUCAACACUGGGCAAUGAUGUUAGAUAAACCACAUCUUUCGAUAGAACAAUGGCAUAAAAUUUAUCCUAUCUUGAAGUCAAGCUAAAUAACGCAAGAUUCGUUCAAGCAUGCCCUCCGUACUAAGUAUUUUGAAUAUUUAAUGCCUGGAGUUUUUAAUGAAUUUCCUGUAGUUAUAGCGUUUCUAGUAAGAUUUAAACAUAGUUGUUUUACUACUUAUAGACACAUUUUCUACAAGUUAAUGCAUAUCCAAUAAGUACAUGAAUAUUUCAGAAAAUAUAUGUUUGAUGUGCUUAGGCCAAAGGUCGAAA